AUGCUUCUUUCAUUAUUUUUUGCCAAUACAAUUAUACCAUUAUCCAAUGAACAAUUGUUUAUUAUUAAUAAAGGUUUAAAAUUUAUUCCACCAUGUCAAAGUCAUUUCUAUUAUCCUCAACCUAUGGAAGAAAUUAUUGAACAAGAAUAUAACCGGCUCUAUGCUGAAAAUUGUAAAAAUCUUACUAAUUAUACGUUUUUAACAAAUGAUACACGUGCAAAGGAGUUUUUUUCAGAAAUGAAAAAUUUACUUCAACAACUAUAUACCAGACCAGUACCUAAAAAACUUGACGCUAAUGCUCGAUAUAUUUAUAAAAUGAUAAAAUCAAUGCAACGAAAAUUACGCAAAGCUAAUAUUACUGUUGAACAAACUGAUAAAAGUAAAUUAUUUUUCUUUAUUGAUACUCAAGAAUAUGAAGAAAAAGUUAAAAACUAUAUGAAUAAAACUAAUGCUUAUCAAGAAAUUACGAGUGGUAUUUGCCCAUUAGCCAAUGAUUUACAUUUGGUAAUAUUAUUAC